AGCAAGGGGAGGCAUUCACACCUCAGAAGCCUCUGUCUUAGAACCAAACCAAUAAAAACACAGAUUCCCACCGCCAUGGUUUGCUGUGCUCCCCGCUGCUGCAGUGUCCCCACCGGCCCCGCCACCACCAUCUGCUCCUCUGACAGAUGCUGCCGGUGUGGAGUCUGCCUGCCCAGCACCUGCCCACACACCGUUUGGUUACUGGAGCCAACCUGCUGUGACAACUGUCCCCCACCUUGCCACAUUCCUCAGCCCUGUGUGCCCACCUGCUUCCUGCUCAACUCCUCCCAGCCCACCCCAGGCCUGGAGACCCUCAACCUCACAACCUUCACCCAGCCCAGCUGUGAGCCCUGCAUCCCAAGAUGCUGCUGACUGACGGCUGCUUUGCUCAGUGCCUGACAUUGAAAGAAUCAACCCAGAAGCUUUGGUGUUCACCUGCCUCAGCACCUGCAACUAAGUGAUUCUGCUUUUGAAAUUGGGGAAAGGAUGACACUAUCAUUGACAACCCUCUAGAAAAAGAAACCAAGAGAAUUUCAAUGGUCACGUAGCAGAAAUCAGCAAUCAAAGGCAAUUUGAGCAGGUGGAUGCCUAUCGGCUUUCCAAAGUUGUUCAAUUCCUUCAUAUUAAAGUAUAUCUUUCUGUGGGUGCUUUGGGAAUUCUGUUUUCAGUCUUGGGUUCUAUCUUUCUGGAAAUUGAGGAGCCUCUUCAUGAUCAUGCUAAUAAAUUUUAUGUCUCUGGCAUAGCACAAAUGUCUACAAUUA